AUGGCUGUCACACCAUUACUUAAGCUAAAUGCCCAAGCUAUAGCCAUUACACAUACUGUGUGCUCAAUAAGUGCUUUCCUUGUCGCUUUAAUCAUUGGAUGCUGCCUUCACUACUACAAGAUUGUUCGGAACGAACACUAUGGUUAUCCUGAUGAAUGGUUUCCUAGUGUCUCCGCCACUAUCGGUGAUAGAUAUCCCGAACGAUCUGUCUUCCAGAUUUUGAUCGCUCUAACGUCCGGUCCAAGGUUUUUACUCUUGUUCGCCGAUUACCUAUGUCUUUACAGAUCAAACUCAGUACUACCCAAGUUUGCCUUGAUCUCAGGAAUUGUGAGGACUGUGUCCUGUGGUGGAUGGGUUUAUAUCACUUCCACCGACGACCACGAUUUUCACGAUUUCUGUAUGAUUGCUUACAUUGUGUUGACAAUUCCCUGGGAUGCUUCCAUCACUUUGCUUUCACCCCCCGGUUCUAUCCAACGUAGACGCAGAAAAUACACUGCCAUUCUUUUCUUUGCCUCUUUGAUACCUUUAAUUUACUUGUUCAUCCAACACAAGGUUCACAAGGUUCCGGGUGCUUACUCUCACUACGCCUACUUCGAAUGGUCUCUAAUAAUUUUGGAUAUUACCUUUGAUGCUUGGUCUAUUAAGGACUUUGAGGAUUUGUACAUCGAGGUGAGAGCUUCCAGAGACAAUGACGACUACUUCAACGUUAAUUUUGAGGCAAAGGCUAUCCAGGAAAAGCAGAACGAAAAGCACGAGAUUGGUAAUGAACACAAUCAUCUCGUUCCUAAGUCUUCCAACGCUUCUUACUUGCGCAGUCUUGUUGAUAUUGUCAAUUCCUUUAUAUUCUGGAGUGUUUAUACCUCGCUUUACUUGUGCAUUUGGUAUUUCCCUCUUUGGAACAUGGGUAUAUCUGGUUAUGAGGCUUCUGCCGCAGCAACCUUUGCUCCUCUUCUUCUUUGUAUUCCUGGGGUUCAACGUUUGUUCACUGCCAAGCCUCAAGUGGCAAGAUUCCUAUGCUGCCUAUUCGGUAUCGGAGCAUACUUGGUCACAGAACCGGCCACUCGUUUACUCAUUAUCGCUGCCGGUGUUGCUUUCGGUUGUAUUGCAUUGGCCACGGAAAUUUCUGCUUACGGAAGUCUCAACAAUGUUGGCGCCAUCAGGUCAUACGCAACUUCGUUCACUCUUGGCGUGGCUCUAUCUUCUUUGGCCAAAUUCGCCUUUUGGACUGAAAACCCUAUCUGGCCGAUCAUGAACAGUAAAACUGGAGGCUGGAAUAAGACUGGUUUGACCGUUGGUUUGAUUUCUGCUUUAUUUACUAGACUUCCAUCGCGGACACUAAAACGAGAAGAAUCAGAUGCUGCUAAAGAAUCAGCAGAUGCUUCUACCUCGAGUCCUUCCUUCCUUCUCACCGCAUUUGGAUUUGGUGCCCUUAUCUUUUCCAUUUCUGCCAUGCUCACCGACACUUCUACCAUCAUCUUGUGGACGUGGGAUGGAUAUCCAGUGAGGGGCCCAACUCCCGUCCCUUACGGUGCUGUAUCUCUAACGGCCAUGUGCAUUGGUAUUUACUUAGGUAUGCGUCAUGGAAGCCGCAAGUUCAUCAAACUCCUAACAGCACAGGGUGUUGUUGGUGCCUUCUUGCUCUAUAAAUUCCGUCAUUGGGUCGGUUAUAUGGGUGGCCUAAUGUACAUUGUCUGGCUUUCUGGCAUUAUUCCUGUGUGUCUCCACCAGAUGUCCAAGUUCCACCGUAGAACUGGUAGCAUCUUUUUACUAUCAUUUGUGGUUACUUGUAUUAUAACGUUGAUGCAUGUUUGGAUUGUCGCAUAUGCUUUUGUCCCAGGUGGAUCAUAUUUGAGGGAAAGAACCGAUAUAGUGCUUGGCCUCUCAGUGGUGCUCAUCGUUGGUCUGGUGCUUAAUUACACUUCUCCCGUUGUUAAUACAAACCGUACGAACCCAGCCCUCAAAAAGACAAUCAAUUUCUGUAUUGCCAUCGCCGUACUUUCCUGUAUAAUUGCCACGCAAAGAAUUCCUAAGGAGAAGCCUGUUCCAUAUCAUCCGGAUUCCCGUGUCCUUACAACAGGUAUCUGGACGAUCCAUUUUGGUUUAGAUAAUGAUAUGUGGGCCUCCCAAACUAGAAUGAUAGAUGCUAUGAGAGAUUUGGAAGUCGAUGUGUUUGGAAUGUUGGAAACGGACACAGAGAGAAUCAUUAUGGGUAACAGGGACUUGACGGAAAGAAUUGCUGAAGAACUUAAUAUGUAUACCGACUACGGUCCAGGUCCUAACAAACACACAUGGGGAUGUGCAUUGUUUUCGAAAUUCCCUAUCUUGAAUUCUACCCACUAUCUAAUGCCAUCUCCAGCGGGUGAAUUGGCUUGUGCUAUUCACGCCACGUUAGAUGCUUACGGCGAGCCUGUGGAUGUUGUUGUAUUCCACUCGGGCCAGGAGGAAGACGUAGAAGAUCGUCGUCUUCAAAGUAAUGGUCUUGCAGAAGUUAUGGGUUCCAGCGACAAGCCAAUGAUUCUUAUGAGUUACUUAGUGACGAAGCCAUUGGAAGGAAAUUACAACACGUAUGUCAGCGACAAGUCUGGUAUGCACGAUAUCGACCCAUCCGACGACGACCGUUGGUGCGAAUACGUCUUGUACAAGAGGCUUCACCGUAUUGGCUAUGCUAGAGUUAGCCGUGGAACAAUUACCGAUACCGAGAUCCAAUCUGGUAAGUUCAUUGUUCCUAAGUCGGGCGAAAGUUACGAUGAGACAUACUCUCAGAAUAGAAUAGAGGAAUCCGUUGUGCCCGAGGAUAUGAGAUAUCCAAAAAUUUUCUACGGUGAAGGUGUUAGAGGUCACCACUAUCACGUGUUUGACGAACCAAGAUACUUCGAGUAA